AUGGCUGACGACGAGCUACCAAAUUUUGAUAUCAUUUCCUCGUUCGGCUUGCAAGCACCAGAAAACGAAGCAAAGAACAGGAGUCAAAAGAAUGAGGUAGCCGACAACAAGAGGAGAUUUGCAAACAUGGACGAAGAAGAACUCAACGGCGUUACAAAUAAUUCUCCGGCGAAGCAAAAUAAAAAGGUAACUCAGUGGGCUGUAACAGUUGUCACAGGUUGGUUACAAAAGAUCUCGCUCUAUUUUCAAUACAAUAACAACAAGCUGCAACAAUUCAAACCGAAAUUAAGUAUGCAAAGAGUACUUGAACAAUUUUUCAAGAGGAAAAAACUGAUGGGAGAACUGUCAAGGUCUGGUUCAACAACAAGCACCAGCACACUACUGAAGUCACGAGGUUGAUAUUUUUAGAUGUCAUUGUUAUAGACUAAGUAAAGUUUGCUCUGUGACAGAUACCUUGAAGAAGUUGUUUUUCUUUGUUUUGUUUUCUUUCCACGAUUUGGAAUGGUUUGUGUAGCUACAAGAUUAUAUCGACCAUGACUAAACAGUGCCAUCAAUGACUGAAAAUUUUGUGGCCUAUUGAUUAUUCAUUGAACAUUGGCAAUAAUCAAUGACCAAUCAACUGAUUAUUCAUUAAUUACUCAUUGAUUUCAUUGAUGUCAUCGAUUAGCUUUGUCUGGUAACAAAGAUGCCCUGAAAUAGGGAAGAUGUGUUGCCAUUCAAGGUGUGUUAUGUGGAUCUGCUAGAUUUCUCUAUUUUGAGAACAUUUGCAUCUCAUCAAUUUAGGGUGAGUUGUAGAAUGAUCACAGGGUGUCUUGUAAUUACACACCUGUGUUUAUUUACACACUCUUGUGUAAAGGUGUGUCACCACCACACACCUUUAUGUGCUGGAGAACGCACAAGGUGUGCUAGGGAAGCACACCUAAUUUACGAGUGCAACUCUUUUAAGUCUGCCCUGACUUUUUCUUGAACUAGUGAUUGCCUUGAGGUAGUCGUGAUAGAACUUAUUUUAGUCAUAUAUUAUAAUGUAUACUGUAGAAUAACUUUUGUGCAAUUAAUUCUAGAACAUAUAUUUUUAGCAUUAGUGUAGUUUGUCUUAAAAUUUGUUAUGCAAACGGUACACUGGAAGAGAAUUCUUGAUGAAGUGACACCGUGAACAAAGUUUGAUUUUGAUUAUUUGUCUGGGGCUUCGAGAAAGGUUGUCGAAGAAUAUCAGUUUGUGUCUGCGCCUGAAACACAAAGUUUUAGAGAAACGAUUUGGACACCCUUCUGUUUUUGCUCAGGCCUUUCGAGACAAGUUAAAACAAUGAUCGAGGAUUUCAUUGAAGGAUGGAAAUGCUUUAAGGGAGCAUGCUGACUACUUAAGAACUUGCAAAUUAGGAAAGCAGUCAGUUGAGGAUAUGGACCAUUAAACAAGGAAAACGACGACAAGAAACUAGUGAGAAUUCUUCCGAGCUGGGCUCAUUCCAAGUAGGGUACUAAAGUCCUUGAGAAUCAAGCUAAGCAUGGAGACAAUAAAUUUCCUACCUUCUCUGCAUUUGUCAUUGAAAUAGUCAAACUACAGUGUCAACCUGUUCUCAUUGGUGUUGAAGCCAAUGUUCAAGACAUCAGACACCAAAAAGGAAGCCUUAGUUAUCGUGAAAAAAGAGAAGAAAUGCAUUAGCCACUGGCGUUGGAGAACAGUCAAGACACUGAUCCGUGCAGAUAUGUAAAGGGAGGCAUAGCCUCGAUACCUGUCAAGAAUUUUUGAAAACCCCACUCAAAGUAAGAAUCUUGUUCUUGCCAAAGAGGUGUCUGUGUUUGAGAUGCCCAGAAAAUGCCCAUAUGGCAAAGGAAAAUAAACGCAAGACAAAGAUUGUGUGUGCCUCGUGUAAGCAAACAUUCACCAUCUAACAAGUGCACAAUAGUUUGUGGAGUUAGAGGUCAAGGAUUUAGUCAAGAUCAAAGUCUGAUUGUUCCAGUCUUGGUAUCGAGCUAUGAGAACGCUGAAAAGGAAUAACUGUGAUAUGCUCUAAAUGACUGUCAAUCUAAUGCAACAUUCAUUACAGAGAGGAUGAGUUGAGCUUUAGGAGUUCAACGUGUUGAGAGUCAGCUUCUGUUAUACACCAUGUACGAAGGAGGUGAAGUAGUUGACUGUUGCAAAAUAAUGGGCCUAAACGUGAUGGAGGUGAAACGUGAAGUCAAUAUUACUCUUCCGCAGACGUUCACAAGAGACACAAUCCCAUUCAAGAGUUCAGACUCCUAAACCUGAGGUAGUCAUGUGUUGGAAUCAUUUGAAGCCUACUGCAACCAAUGCAACCUUUUUGGAUUAAGCUGUACAAAAAUAAAACAUGUCAGACCACUUAGAUCAAUGAAGAGUAACUGUUUUUCAUCCCGACAUAGAUGAAUCCUCAUCCAGCAGUCUUGUUAAUGUUUCACAACUAAUUUCUUUUCGGCAGAAAUCCAAGCUCUUAUUAAAUAAAAAUCAAGGUAAGAUUUAGGGGUCUUUGUACCACGUGUAGUAAACAAUAACUUUCAUCACAAUAGCUAAGAUAAUUAAUUAACGGUGAUACAGUAGCCAAAUCAAUUAGCUAACAUUAAUUCUUAUGGUCAAUAACACUGUAUUUCAUUCUCUUUCAGAACUGGAAACAAAACUACAGACCAAUGGUGAGCUAAACUAG